ACAAUAAUCUUGACCUUCUAAUAAACGAGCACUGACAGAUUCGAUCUGGUUCUUGACACUUUCAAGAAAAAUGUCGUGUAAAACAUUGCCUUUAUUGUUCAUAAAUUUAGGAGGGGAAAUGAUUUACAUCCUUGAUCAACGUCUUAGAGCACAAAAUAUAGCAGACGAGAAAGCGAAGAAAGUUCUGCAUGAUAUUAUUGCAACAAUGUUUCACAAAAGAUUUAUGGAUGAAUUAUUUAAGCCUCAGCCUUUAUAUUCCAAGAAAGCCAUGAGAACAGUGUUUGACAGACUAGCCCAUGCUUCCAUUAUGAGGCUUAAUGCUGCCAGUAUGGACAAGCUUUAUGAUUUAAUGACAAUGGCCUUUAAAUACCAAGUAUCCAUGUGCCUUAAACCUAGAGAUAUAAUAUUAGUUACACUGAAUCAUCUGGAUGCCAUGAGAAAUUUUGUUGGUGAUGCUGCAGAAAUAAGACAACAGUUAGAUCAUGUAUAUAGGUUAUUAAUGGAAAGUUUUGCAUCAUUAAGCAUGGGAGAAUAUCAACUGAUUAGACAAACAUUACUUAAUUUUUUCCAAGAUAUGCAUAUACGUGUAUCAAUUUUUCUUAAAGACAAAGUGCAAAAUAGUAAUGGUAGAUUUGUUUUACCAACAGCAGGAAGUUUACCUCAUGGAACAGAAACUCCUGGUCUUAUACGUUAUUAUAAUGAAAAUGGCAAUGAAAUUAAAACAUUACAGUUCACCCCUGGAGGAUCAUAUCAAGGGUCACAAGGUGAAGGGUCAUUUGACAUGAAAGGCAGUAGAGUUACAAAAUUAGGAACAAAUAUGUAUUCUGUAUCACGAACAGUAGAAACGACAGGGUCGACAAGAACAACAACCAGUUCAGAUAUAGAAUCCAGUACACCUGAUCCUUUAGCCAAAGCCCAAUUAGAUUUAUUAUCACAACUGAUAGGAAGUAAAACAGCAAGUAAUAAAUCAGAAAUCAGAUUGAAUUUAUUUAAAACAGACAAAGAAGAAGAACAAGCUGAAGCUGCAUUAAUGAAGCCUAUAGAAUUAGCUGAAUCUAAAGUAGUCAAAAUAGAUGCUUCCAAGAAACAAAAGAAUGAUGAAUUAAGUAGAAUUAUGGGAGAAUUAGCAGUAAACGAAGGAUCCUCCAACGACAAUGAUGAUUUAUUAGAUUUGAUGGAUAAAGCCUAGCUGCUUUUGGUACUAUGGAACAUGUGUGAAUGUGAGAGAGAUGGUUUAGUAUGAAUGUUUGACAAUUGUUACAAGAGAAAGAGACAAAUUCUUACUGAUACAACCCAAUAUGUUUUUGAUAUAUAAGAAAUUGUCAUGAUUGUAACUGUGUGAUUUCUAAAGCUAUAUUAAUGUAAAUUUUGUCUAAAAUUUAUAAGAAGGUGUUUGACUCUUAGAAUAUCUGAAAAACUAUAUAGACCUGAUGGACCAAAGCUUGUAGCUUGGAUGACAUAUCAAGUAUAUAUGUAUUAAAUGUUUAAGGCACAUAUUUAGAAUACUGUGGAUUCAUACAUUGUUUCGACUGAGAUUGUUAUCCAACUUCAGAAAACUUUGCAGGUAGUAGAAUUUAAAUUUUCUUCCAUGUUUUGCACUUAAAUCGCAAAUAAUAUAAAUUGAAUAAUUCAAAGUAAUUUCUAUAAAAAAAAAACAACUGUUAAACAAAGUAAAACUUUUCUAUAGGCUUGCAUGCUGACUUUGGAAAACCGCAAAAUCAAAUAUUCGGUACCGUGCAAUUUUUUUCUGAAUCCAUGAAAAUGAAUUAACCCACAGUACAUGAAGUAAAAAAAGAAGAUAUAUUAGCUAUAACUCUGCACUAAUAAUAAAGGCACCUAUUAAUUCAUUUAAAAAUAAUUCUUUAGUCCAUAUCUAUUGCAUUCAUCAGUUAAUGUAUGAGAUUGUAUAUAUAGGUGUACUUGGGAUAAUGGAUUAUUUUUCAGUAUAUUGACAAUAUUACUAUUUAUAUAUCUGAUGUAAAAAAAACUUUAUUGAAUGGUUGUUUCUAUUUUUAUAUUUCUAAAGAUUAAAAAUAAAUUUUACUCAAUGAAAACACUCUGCCAGGAAGUAAAGAAAUGAUAUUCAGAAUAUUUAGAUUCCUUCCAAAGUCCUAAAUUGAUUUUCCAGUUUGAAAGAUUAUGACUCAGGUAAAUAAAUCGAAAAUACUUCUUUUAUUAAACAGUUUUUAAAAAGGUUUGAUGAUUUUCAGUAAUUUCAAGUUAUAAAAUAUAUUUGAAAAUAGCAAUAUGUUAUGUGGUGCCUUAAACAGUAACUGAGCAAUAGGUAGAGUUAAAUUGUUUAUAAAAAAUGGCCCUUGUAGAUUUAAGCAAAAGUUAAUGAUAUAAAGAAAUAUGUUAUUUAUUUGCAUAGUGCUGUAACUUGUGCCCCUCUCCAGUAUUGUUUAAAUGUUAUGAGAUAUAUGAUACAGAGUGAAACUUGUCUGAACAGAAAAGAUUAAAUAACAUGAAGAUUUUAUUUUUGUUUUGUUUUAAGUGAGUUCAAUCAGAAGGAUGUUCAGAUUACUCAGGGUUCAGUUUGAUCUGGUUUCACUGUACUUUUUAUGACUUACGUAAAUUGUUAGGGAUGAUAUCACAACUUAAAUUAUUAUGAUGAAUGGCAAUGUUAUUGUUUUUAACUUAGGUUUCAACAAACAACAACUAAAUGGUAGCAAUAAAGUGAAGACAUAUCCAACAUGAACAUUCUACCUCCAAAAAAACAAGUGUAUUUAGACAAUACAAAAAAAAAAUUAUCAGUUUUUGAACGAAUUUUUCCUGAGGGCAAAUUUUUUGCUGAAGCCAGAAAUAAAUGUAUGGGGUCGGAAAGCACUUUUUAUACAACCCUGCCAUGCAUAAAAUUUUUAAUUGAUUAUUUCAUAUAUUUGUUUAGGCUUUUUGUCUAAAAUAACCAACACCCAUCAAAUUUUGAUAAAAGUGCCUUCUGGGGUCUUAUUUGUAAGAACAUUUUCUUUUGAUUAUGAAAAGAAAUCAAAAUUUUAUACAUGUAAAGAAGAAGAAAAACCAAUGACCUUAUAUUAAAAAAAAAUCUUUUGAAACUAAAACUGCUUUGUUAGACUUGUGUGUUAUUUAAAAGUAUUUCUGUCUGUUUGUAUGUAAGCUCCAAGAAUCCGUCCUUGUAUUUUUGUGAUUGUUCAAGCAUAUCAUUACAUAUAUCACUAUUUUUUAUAUGUAUUUUUCAUAUGUGAUGGCCUUUGAUAUGUUUAUAAUUAUUUUCUUAUUUGUGUUAGGAUAUUUUGAUCUUUUUCAAGAAAAAGGAAUUUAAUCCAAACUUUGUUCUUGAAUGAUAAAUUAUAGGACACAAGUACACACAAAUGAUGUUAAAACAAAAACACAGCUGAAAUAUCAUUUGAAUAAAAAUUACUUUAGAGAACGUUUUUCAACAUUUUUACUUAACACAUUAAACACAACUUACAUUUAUAUUAAAUAUAAGUAGCCUAAACAAUACAUAUAAAUGUAAAAUUCGUUAUGAUUUACUUUCAAUAUGUUUAGGGGAUCUAAAAUUGUGGCAGCCAUCAUGGAUAUCAAAACUGUUGGUAUUUGUUUUUACUGAAAGUAACUAACUUUUUUCACUGCAAAAAACAGUAUGGAAAAAACUACUUUUGGCAAAUAAUUCAAAGAUUAUAAUGCUUAAGAUAAGAAUGUCUAGCUACCAUAAUUUUCCAAAGAAUAUACAAAAACAAUUUAAAUGUUUCAACUUUCAAACAGACAAUGUCUCAUUUUCAUUCACCCCAUAUUCCUCUUUGCCGGUCUGUUAACAUUUAGCACUCUCCAAGUAUUUGCACAAACUGAUGGCUGUUCAUUUUUUCAAAAGCAAUAGCUUAUAUUUUAUAUUCAAUAUGACUUGUUUAUCUUGAGGUGUUUUUCAGUAAAUUUGUUCAAAACAUUUCUAUAAUUGGUAAUACUUCAACUGUGUGUGUGUUUACCAAUCACUUGAUUUUGUUUAUAUUUUUGUUAGCUAGACAAUAAUGUCCCAUGUCAUCCCAACUUGUUAGACUUACUUUGUAAAAAUAUUAUUGUAUGUAUCUUUGUUUAUCAACUUAUUUUUUGCUUGGGUUUAAAAAAAAAAUAGUAUGAAUCUCAGUAUCUUUAACAUAUUUUAUUGUGAUUUUUGGUUACAUUCAUGAAAUAUUUUAACUAGUGUUAAGUUGCCAUAAAAAUAAGCUGUAUUGUUAUUUAUCUUUUGCUAUAGUAUUUCUGUAUUUUUAUUUUUGUCUUUUAUUUUUAUGACAUUUGUCGACAGAUAAUGUUACUUUUAUGUAUCAUUUAUUGUGCCAAACUUUUAUAAUGCUCUUUUUAGCUUUAUACAUUAAAUGUGUCUAAACACAAACACAUCUUAAAACUAGAUCAAAGUAUUCAGUAACACAAUUUAACGACUAUGGUUUAUUGUUGCCUGCGACGAAAGUUGCAGAAAGUAAGACACAGGGAUUGCCUCUGGUGUGACAGCGACGGCUCCAGAGUCAACAAUUACUAAGUUUUCUGCUUAAGUUAGUUUGAUGGAACUACUUGUGAUAGAUCAUUGAUAUUUUGUAUGAAGAUGCAUUACUAUCAGUACCGGUACAUAUCAGUUUGACAACAAUUUUGAGGCCAUGACUUAGGCAGUGACUUUGAAUUAAUUAGCAAUUUUAAAUGUUAAGUUUUCUGCUUAAGUUAGAUUGAUAGGUACUACUGGUGAUAGAUCAAUGAUAUUUUGUGUGAAGUUGCAUUGCUAUCAGUUACAUAUCAGUUUGACAACUAUUUUGAGGCCCUGCCCCCUAGGCUAUGGUUCAGUGACUUUCAAUUAAUUAGCAAUUUUCAAUGAUAAGUUUUCUGCUCAAGUUAGUUUGAUAUGAACUACUUGCGAUAGAUUAAUGAUAUUUUCUAUGAAGUUGCAUUACUAUCAGUACAUAUCAGUUUGAGGACUAUUUCAAGACCCUGCCCCCUAGGUCAUGGUCCAAUGACUCAAUCAAGUAACAAGUUUCACUGUUAAGUUUUUUUAUUAAGUUAGUUUGAUAGGAACUACUUACAAUAGACAAUAUUUUCUAUAAAGUUACAUUGCUGUAUGUACACCUCAGUUGGUCAACUGUUUCAAGGCCAUUCCCACUAGUUGGUUCAGCGACUUUGAAUUAAUUAGCAAUGUUGCUGUACAUCAGAUUGUCUUUUUCUAAAUUUUUGGCCGACAGACGAGACAUAUCUUUGUGUCAACAGUUUAUGUUAUUAAUUUCAAUAUGCAUGUAAGAAGCUUUUGAAAAAAAAACAUCAUUAAGUGGGACACAGAUGUAAGAUUUAACAAGGUUUAGGUUUAACAUUUUUUUGCCUUGCUUAGACUCCCAAAAUUUUAUUUUGGUAGCUGAUAUUUAUAUGUUAUAUUUGUAAAUAUAUUGAUGAUAAUGAAAUUGUGUUCUCAAAAACAGCAUCUGUGCAAUUAAACUACAACAGAGAAUAGAAUAGGUUUCUGAAGUAGUUGGUUAUAAUUUUGUUCGUGAAGGAUCUAUGAGGUCUUAUACUGUUGCCUAAUUUAAACUGUACUCUAUGGCUAGGUGUUAUAAGUACAUCAUAAUUUUUUACUAGCAAAGAUGGUUCAGCUUGAUUAUUGAAUUUUAAAAGUUCAAUCUGACUUGUUUCUUUCAUGUAGUUGAAAUCUGAAUUGCUCUGUAUAAUUCUAAAUUUUCUCAGUCAUGUUCUAUUAAUUGUAGAAAAAUAUAUUUGGUGAAGUUAAUGACAAUAGUUUGUUAUACAUAAAUAUUUGGGUCAAGUUUGGUAAAGAAAAGUUUUUGAUCUGAAGUAUUUUUAAUAAAAUUAUCAAAAUGAA